GCACAGUCGCAGUUUUAUUUGAGAAUUGCUACGAGGCGGUUCGGUGGUCUACGCUUCGUGCGUCGUUUCAUGUUAUAUUCAUAAAAUUGAAAUGGCGCAAAAAAUACGCCAAAAGUUUUAACAGAUUGCAGUGAAAUAACAUGAAGAGUGAAAGUGUGAUCCUGAUUCAAACAAUGUCUACUCUGGAAAUGAAGAGUGGUCCCCAGUUACGAAGAUUAUCUUCCUGUGAUGCUUCUUUAGUAUUCAGAAAUGUGCUCGAUGAGGGCCAUGUCCAAGAAGAUAAAGCACAACGCUAAAGUGAUGGAUUUUGCAAAAUUGAAAUUUACAACAGAAGAUUCGGUGCAACGAGGAAAAACAAUAACAUCGGAAUUUUCAAGAUAAUCUGUGUUUGAGAUCGCCGGCAAACCCUAUCUUUGUAUUGGUUGAUAUGGCUGAUAACGUGAUAACACUGUGUGCUUUUCAAAUGUAAUUUCUUUUAUCAGGCGGUCUCUGCCAGCAAUGCAAGUCAAGUGAUUUGAGUACAACGAAUGGAAAUUGCAGGAUAUCCAGAAAAAAAUGUAUAAGAAGAUGGCGAUAUUCUAAAACCUGUGGAAAGUAAGUCAAGACAAAAGUAGGAAGGUGAUGCGAAUACAUACAAAAGAAUCUUGGUCAAGGAUAAUAAAUGCGUGGCAGCGCACUUUCGAUAAGCUUGAAAGAACAAGAAAUCUUCAAAGCAUCUUUAUUUUUAAGAUGGAUUCAGCUGCUGUUACAGUACCACUUCGUCCUCCGACAAAGAAAAUGAAGAAACGAAAAGAGCUCGAUGCCCUUGCACCCCCUCAUGCUGUUUCCCGGCGAAGUAAUGGGAAACGCAGCUCUCAGGAAUUAUUAUCAGACAGCAGUGACGAAUGUUCCGAAUUUUGGAACGUUUCGACACGUGGUCCUCGAAAAUCCAGACAACGAAGCAGCCAAUGUCCUGGUCUCUUGAGAGCUUGUAGUGCAUUUUUGGCUUGUGCGGCAGUCCUCGCCACAGCCAGUUUAAUAUGGCUUUUUAUUGAUGUUCGUCAGCAACUUUCAACCCUAAGGAGUGAACUAGACCAAGUGAUAGCAGGAAGCGAAGGACUUCCUGAUGCUAUACAAAAAUGUGAUUCUACGUCUAAGCUGCUUCAGAAAAAUCAAAGUAACAUCGUUACUCAACUCUCCAAUUUUAAGGCCCAGCUUGAUAAUUUUACAGAACAGAUGGCUGCCAUUCAGCGAGGCUUGCAUGAAGUACAGGACUCGUUGAAAGCAGAACCUCAAUUAGCGAGCUUACCCAAAGAUUUUCAAUCUUUGAAAAGUAGCGUGGCUGAAGUUGGUAGUCAAAUAAGCGACUUGAAACCCACUGUAGAUGCCUUAAAAGAAGCAAACAAAAAUCUGCUGAUUGCGCAGCAGACGAUGGAACAGAAUGUAACUAGUCUUAAGAAUUCUUGGUUAGCUUUAUCGAAUGUAACGCAGAAACCGAUAUUAACAAAUGAAACCAGCAUUAAAAUUGAAGAAUUGAGAGCAAACUUUUCUCAGUUAGCUAACGAUUUGUCGAAUUUUAAUCAAAAUUUCACGACGAGACUUCAGUGGGUCCAAGAUGAUCAAACGAAGAACCAGAAAACUUUGUAUUCUCUGAAAGAUGAGACGCAGAACAUCAGUACGAGUGUUCAAUCGUUACGAGGUGAAUGCGCUGACAUCCGCACUCAGUUAACGGAAAUUCAGUCAAAGGAUUUAGAAUUUAAUAAAACUUUAAAACAGCUGGAGCAACAUUAUAGUUUACAGACAGCAUUACGUACAGAAAAUCAACCAGCAGUUCCUAAUUCUGGAGGAAAAAAAUUACCAUUUUCACCACAGGAUCCAAACAGAAUUCAAGAAGUUCAGGGCGGAACAGAUAAAAAGAAUUUAGGAGAACAGCCAACAGGUAGACCAAAAAGAUCCAGUUUAAGUCGUCAGUGAGUAAAUACCCUGAGAAGUAUGUUACGAAAACAAAUCUCAGUCUCAGAUAAUACUUUUUUACACGAAAAAGUAUUGGAAUUGUAAAUAUUAACACCACAAACAUGCCAUUAUUUCGUGUACUUAAUACCAGUUAGAAAUACGCGUUUUCUGUACAAACCGCACUUCCAUUGCAAAAUAUUUUACAAAUUUCUAAGAGAACUUGAAUCUAGGAAUGAUUGUUAAAUUUAAUUCGCACUGUGUGUGAGACCAAUUACAUUUUGUUAAUCCUUAUUUUUAUUCACUUUAGUAAUUUAAAACUGAGUUACGCGUAUAACAAUUUAGGUUUUCUGGAUUCAUAGAAAAUGUUGAUGAUUUGGAAUAGGUUUUCGGAUGUUGAAAAAAUCCAGUUCUAAGUUUUCAUGAAACUUUAAAAAAUUUAUGAAAAUGGGAAAAAUGUUCAAUAUUCAUGGCCUGAUAGAAAUAGGAGACGCUAUUAAAUAAAAUGCAGAAUAUUUGAUGAUAGAAAACAAUGAUAUUGAUAGUUAUUUUUUUAAAUUAACUGAAGAAGUAGAUUUGUAGAAAUAUGUUGUAAUAAUUUACUUCACUCAGUUACAGACUAUUUUCGUAACUUGACUUUAUAUUAAUUAUUAUUAUUAUUAGCUUGCUUAUCCUUAUUUAUAAUCUUCCAAAGAAUUUUAUUUGAGCAUUAUGAAAAGUUAAGCUUCGUAUGUAUUUAUUUAUCAUUUAAUAACAUAUAUCUAUAUUUAUCGA